AUGCCAACAACUCUUGACCAUCUCGCCAAUGAACUAUUGUUUAAAAUUUUUACCUACCUUCAUCGUCCUGCUGCUUUUUCAUUAACAUGUAGAACUCUCCAUUAUAUAACGAAAGACUCUCAUGCUAGAGCUGCUUACUUUAUUCAUAAAUACGGACCUAGGUUGGCAAUAUUUUAUGCUAUUAGAAAUCAUGCGAAAAUAGUUACGAAAGAAACCGCGGAAGCUUUAAUUUCAUCCGGGGCCAUAGUAUCAAGAAACUUGGCACAACGUUUAAUAAAAGAUUAUUUAGAGAGACAACCAACUGAAUAUUUUCGUUGUUGUUGGACUAGUAAAUUAUCUUUUGGUACGUAUUUGGUAUUUCUUCAACAAGCCUAUACUUUAUAUGGUGAUAAUUUAUGGGCGAAAGAUGCUAUGGAUGAUUGGGAACAAUUUCGUAUUUGUGUCUCUUUACAAUCCGGAUUAGACUUUGAAAAUUUAAAUAGUUCCUCAACACAUGAUUCAAAUCGAGAAUAUAUUAAUGAUUUGGUAGAAAAAUAUAAUGUAGUACCUUUACCUUUACAAUAUUGUUUCGCCAAUAUUUCAGAUACUUUCGUAACUAUAGCUCGUAUAGGUGAUAUUCAAUUAUUAGAUAUGGCAUUGAAUGAUUUAACUCAUUUUGAUCGUUAUGAAGUGGUAAGCAUCGUUCCCACAAUCGUUGAGAAAUUAAUUUAUAAUAAACCAACUCCAAAUCAUUUAAAAAAGGCUUUGGUAAAUCUUUUUAGUUUCGAUUAUCCUGUAUUGGAACAAUUAGCUUUGGAAUUAAUAAGGAAUUGUGGAUUAUAUAAAAUUCCAAAUGUUAUAAUUGAAACAUUAAUAGAACGUAAAGAUAGUUUACAAUUUGAUCUUAAUUCCGUAAUUUUACAUUCUAUUAACGAUAAAUUUCAUUCAAUAUUUUCUUGUAAUGGUGCACCUGAUAAUAUCGAAUCUCUUUGGCAUUAUUUUCCCGAAUUUAGAUUAAAAAUAAAAGAGAAUCUUAAUAAUUUUUUUUCGGAUUCAAGAACUGGUGGAGUUAUAUGUUGUAGAGAUGAUGCAAGUUAUUAUGGUUAUGGGGUUGGUUGUGUGGGUGUAGAUUUUAUUCUUAGAACAUUUGGAUCUAAAGAUAUUAUCACCGAAAAAUGUUUCCAAGCAAUCGUUAGAGAUAUAUGUGAAAAAAAUUUUAAGAUACGAUCUAAUCGUAAUAGAUUUCGUAGAUUCAGUGGUGAUAGUGAAAUAAGUUCACAUUUAAUUCCAAGGGGAGCACCACUUUAUUUCGCCAAUUAUAUUGAAGCUGGUGUUAAGAUAAAACCUGAACAUUUGAUGAUGGUAUCAGAAAAGGGAAUGAAACGAAAAUGGUUUCUUCAUAAACUUUUUGAUGCCUUAGAAAAAUCUUUAAAAGGUGAUUUCAUGAAUUUAGAGAAAUCAUCAGCGGAUUCCAUCAAAAUUUCACCAUCAUUUGAUUCAACAGAAAACAAUCAAAAUAUUCAAAAUGUUGAUUUGACUGAUAAAAAAAUAAUAUGGAAGAACGCAGUAGAAGAAGCACUUAAUCGUGAACGUGAAAAAUACCGUAACUCGAAUAAAAGAUGGUUAGGAAAGGGUCGUUUAUUUCGUAUGUUGGACGAUCUACAUAAACGACAUUUCGGACAUUCAUGUCUUUGUAUAUGA